CCCUGGUGGAGGAGGAGCUGCCCGCAGGAGAGGACACCCUGCCAGGAGGAGAAUCUUGUGCCACCCUUCAUCUCCGAUCCCCCGCUUCCACCGUGUCCUUGUUGGAUCAUGGCGGACAGGACAGCUCCUGGAUGCCAGCUGCGCCUGGAGUGGGUCUAUGGGUACAGGGGGCACCAGUGCCGCAACAACCUGUACUACACGGCCGGCAAGGAGGUGGUCUACUUCGUGGCUGGGGUAGGGGUGGUCUACAACACCCGGGAGCACAGCCAGAAAUUCUUCCUAGGCCACAACGAUGACAUUAUCAGCCUUGCAUUACAUCCAGACAGAACUCUUGUCGCAACAGGACAGGUUGGGAAGGAUCCGUACAUCUGUAUAUGGGAUUCCUACACAGUACAAACUAUCUCUAUCCUGAAAGAUGUGCACACGCACGGAGUGGCUGGCCUGGCAUUUGAUUCAGAUGGACAGCGCCUCGCCUCUGUUGGACUGGAUGCCAAAAAUACUGUUUGCAUUUGGGAUUGGCAGAAAGGCAAGAUUCUAGCUACAGCAACGGGCCAUUCAGACAGGAUAUUUGAUAUUUCCUGGGAUCCAUAUCAGCCCAACAGGUUGAUCAGCUGUGGAGUAAAACACAUAAAGUUCUGGACACUAUGUGGAAAUGCACUGACAGCCAAACGGGGGAUAUUUGGGAAAACUGGGGACUUACAGACGAUCUUGUGCUUAGCAUGUGCUAGAGAAGACAUCACUUACUCAGGUGCUUUAAACGGAGACAUCUAUGUGUGGAAGGGUCUCACCUUAGUUCGUACCAUUCAAGGCGCUCACAGUGCUGGUAUAUUUAGCAUGUACGCCUGUGAAGAAGGUUUUUCGACUGGAGGAAGAGAUGGAUGUAUCCGUCUGUGGGAUAAUGACUUCAAGCCAAUUACAAAAAUUGAUCUUCGAGACAGUGAGCAGGGUUAUAAAGGCUUGUCCAUCAGGAGUGUGUGCUGGAAAGGAGAUAGAAUUCUAGCUGGGACUCAGGAUAGUGAAAUCUUUGAAGUGAUGGUGAGAGAACGGGACAAGCCCAUGCUGAUAAUGCAAGGUCACUGUGAGGGGGAGCUCUGGGCCCUUGCUGUACACCCCAAGAAACCCUUAGCCGUUACUGGUAGUGAUGACCGCUCUGUAAGACUGUGGAGCCUUGCAGACCAUGCACUGAUCGCCCGCUGUAACAUGGAGGAAGCCGUACGAAGUGUAGCCUUCAGUCCAGAUGGAUCUCAGCUAGCACUGGGGAUGAAAGAUGGCUCAUUCACUGUUCUCAGGGUCAGAGACAUGACAGAAGUGGUUCACAUUAAGGACAGGAAAGAAGUCAUUCAUGAGAUGAAGUUUUCCCCUGAUGGUUCCUAUCUUGCUGUGGGUUCCAAUGAUGGGCUUGUAGAUGUGUAUGCUGUCGCGCAAAGAUACAAGAAAAUCGGAGAGUGUAACAAGUCUUCCAGUUUCAUAACUCACCUUGACUGGUCUGUGGACAGCAAAUAUCUACAAACCAAUGAUGGAGCAGGAGAGAGAUUGUUCUACAAAAUGCCAUCUGGUAAGCAUCUUACAAACAAAGAUGAGAUCAAAGGGAUUCAUUGGUUCUCCUGGACUUGUGUAGUUGGACCAGAGGUCAGUGGAAUAUGGCCAAAAUAUACAGACCUUACUGAUAUCAACUCAGUGGAUGCCAAUUUCAACAGUUCAGCAUUGGUGACAGCUGAUGACUUUGGACUGGUUAAAUUAUUUAGGUUUCCAAGUUUAAAAAAAGGAGCUAAAUUUCGCAAAUAUGUAGGCCAUUCUGCCCACGUCACCAAUGUUCGCUGGUCACAUGACUUCCAGUGGAUUCUCAGCACAGGUGGAGCUGACCACUCUGUUUUCCAAUGGAGAUUUAUUCCUGAAGGGAUAACCAAUGGCAUUAUUGAAACCGCACCACAAGAGGGGAUUAUCGAUUCCUGCAGUGAAGAAUCUGAUUCAGAUCUAUCCGAUGUGCCCGAACUAGACUCAGACAUUGAACAGGAAACUCAAAUCAAUUAUGAUCGCCAGGUUUACAAAGAAGAUCUACCUCAGCUCAAGCAGCAAAAUAAAGAAAAACAAAAUAAUUUACCUUCCCUUAAGCGAGAAAAAGCCCCAGAAGAAAGCUUGAAAUUAAAGUUUGUACAUGGGUACAGAGGCUAUGACUGUAGGAACAACCUGUUUUACACACAGACAGGAGAGGUGGUCUACCAUGUAGCAGCAGUGGCUAUGGUUUAUGACAGGCUGCAGCACUCCCAGAGACUCUACCUGGGACAUGACGAUGAUAUUCUCAGUCUGGCCAUUCACCCAGUGAAAGAUUAUGUAGCAACUGGACAGAUUGGAAGAGAUGCAGCAAUACAUGUGUGGGAUACUCAGACACUUAAAUGCCUGUCACUGCUCAAAGGCCAACACCAGAGAGGGGUCUGCGCUCUGGAUUUUUCAGCUGAUGGCAAAUGUCUAGUGUCCAUUGGCCUGGAUGAUAAUCAUAGCAUUGUAUUCUGGGACUGGAAGAAAGGAGAGAAAAUUGCUACAACCCGAGGGCACAAGGAUAAAAUAUUUGUUGUGAAAUGUAAUCCACACCACACUGAUAAGCUGGUUACCGUUGGCAUCAAGCACAUCAAGUUUUGGCAACAAACAGGGGGUGGCUUUACCGCAAAACGAGGAACGUUUGGAAAUGUUGCUAAACUAGAAACAAUGAUGUGUGUUUCUUAUGGGCGGGCAGAAGAACUGGUGUUUUCUGGUGCAGCCACUGGAGAUAUCUACAUCUGGAAAGACAUUAUGCUGCUCAAAACCAUCAAAGCCCACGACGGACCAGUCUUUGCCAUGUACGCAUUGGAUAAGGGCUUUGUCACCGGUGGGAAGGACGGAGUAGUGGAGCUUUGGGAUGACAUGUUUGAAAGGUGCCUAAAGACAUAUGCCAUUAAAAGAUCCGCUGUUUCCUCCAAUUCUAAAGUGAAGAAAACUGGGGAAGAACGUGCACGGGGCGAUGGUGGAGGAGCGACGCGUUUCGAGGUGAUCCUCUUUAUCAAGCUCAAAGGGAAAAGUAAUGUUUACUUGGUUUUGCUCAGUAACUUCCUAAGUAGUAAGGAGAAAUAUUGGGAACGAGCGGUGUUCGUGGACGGGUGGAGUGUAGGAGACACUAUGAAGAACCGUGGAGACCGGGCUGACGGCGACGCGAUUUUAGGGGCGGAGUUUAAGGCCAGGGGACAUAUGGAAGGAGAAGUCUGGGGUCUGGCAACCCACCCACAGCUGCCUAUAAGUGCCACAGUGAGUGAUGACAAAACUCUCCGGAUCUGGGAACUCUCCUCCCAACACCGCAUGCUGGCUGUGCGGAAGCUGAAAAAGGGUGGACGAUGCUGUGCCUUUUCUCCAGAUGGGAAAGCCUUAGCUGUAGGCCUGAAUGAUGGCAGCUUUAUGGUGGUCAAUGCUGACACUCUUGAAGACAUGGUGUCUUUUCAUCACCGGAAGGAAAUGAUAGCUGAUAUUAGGUUUUCACCAGAUGCUGGAAAGUAUCUGGCUGUGGCAUCACAUGAUAAUUUUGUGGAUAUCUAUAAUGUACUUACAAGCAAAAGAGUUGGAAUCUGCAAAGGUGCCUCUAGCUAUAUCACGCACAUAGACUGGGACUCCAGAGGUAAAUUGCUGCAAGUUAAUACUGGUGCCAAAGAACAGUUAUUUUUUGAAGCUCCAAGAGGAAAACGAUACACCAUUAAAUCUGCGGAGAUUGAACGAAUAGAGUGGCACACAUGGACUUGUGUCCUCGGUCCAACGUGUGAAGGGAUCUGGCCGGCUCAUAGUGAUGUGACAGAUGUGAACGCAGCUUCUCUUACCAAAGACAGAAAAUCUUUAGCUACUGGGGAUGAUUUUGGAUUUGUCAAAUUGUUUUCCUACCCAGUGAAGGGUCUUGAUGCAAGGUUCAAAAAGUAUGUUGGCCACAGCGCACAUGUGACCAAUGUCAGAUGGUUGUAUGAUGAUUCCACCCUGCUGACUGUAGGGGGAGCAGAUACUGCACUGAUGAUCUGGACACGAGAGGCAUUUGGCAAUCUAGAGAGCAAAUCUGUGGACAGUGAAGAGUCAGACACCGAUGCUGAAGAGGAUGGAGGUUAUGACAGUGAUGUGGCAAGAGAGAAAGCUAUUGAUUAUACCACUAAGAUUUAUGCUGUUAGUAUACGAGAAAUGGAAGGAACAAAGCCCCACCAUCAGAUAAAAGAAGCUUCAGUGGAGGAAAGGCAGGGCAUUGUCAAGGGAUCAAGACCGUCGGUUAGCAGAGCAGCUCCUCAGCCAGAAAAGCUACAGAAGAACAACAUUAAUAAGAAAAAGAAAGUGGUUGAGGAGCUCUCUCUGGAGCAUGUGUUUGGCUACAGGGGCUUUGAUUGUCGUAACAACCUCCAUUACCUCGGUGAAGGUACUGAUAUUAUCUAUCACACAGCUGCUGCUUGCAUUGUACAGAACAUUUCUGCAGGAAGUCAGAGCUUCUAUUUGGAACACACUGAUGAUAUUCUCUGCCUGACUGUCAAUCAACAUCCAAAGUACAAGAAUGUUGUUGCAACUGGACAAAUUGGUGAAAUUGCUGAGUACUCAGGGGCUACACCUUCCAUUCAUAUCUGGGAUGCCAUGAACAAGCAGACUCUGUCCAUUCUGCGGUGUUUCCAUGCCAAGGGGGUCGGAUACAUUAAUUUUAGUGCCACUGGAAAGCUGCUCUUGUCAGUGGGAGUCGAUCCAGAACACACCAUAACUGUGUGGAGAUGGCAGGAAGGUGCCAAAGUCGCCAGUAAAGGAGGCCAUAUGGAGAGAAUAUUUCUAGCUGAUUUCCGUCCAGACUCAGACACACAAUUUGUAUCUGUCGGAGUAAAACACAUCAAGUUUUGGACGCUGGCGGGGAGCACAUUACUGUAUAAGAAAGGGAUUGUGGGAUCUGUGGACAAUGCCAAAAUGCAGACCAUGCUUUCUAUUGCCUUCGGUGCUAAUAGCCUAACUUUCACCGGUGCCAUCAAUGGAGAUGUAUAUGUCUGGAAAGACCACUUUCUUAUACGACUGGUGGCCAAAGCCCACACUGGCCCAGUCUUCACAAUGUACACAACUCUACGCGAUGGACUGAUUGUAACUGGUGGGAAAGAGAGGCCUACAAAGGAAGGUGGUGCUGUCAAGCUCUGGGAUCAGGAGAUGAAACGAUGUCGGGCAUUUCAGCUGGAGACAGGACAGACACUGGACUGUGUACGAUCAGUAUGCAGAGGGAAGGGGAAAGUGUUGGUAGGAACCAAAAAUGGAGAAAUCAUUGAAGUGGGAGAAAAGAAUGCUGCUUCUAACAUCCUCAUUAACGGCCAUGUGGAAGGAGAGAUUUGGGGUCUGGCAACACAUCCCUCCAAAGAUAUCUUCCUUACUGCCAGCAAUGAUGGAACAGCGAGGAUAUGGGAUCUGGCUGAUAAAAAGCUCCUGAACAAAGUAAGUUUGGGUCACGCCGCAUGCUGCGCUGCUUACAGCCCCAACGGAGAAAUGGUUACCAUCGGCAUGAAGAAUGGAGAGUUUGUCAUCCUGCUUGUAAACUCUCUAAAGAUGUGGGGCAAAAAGAGAGACCGCAAAGGUGCCAUUCAAGAUGUCAGGUUCAGUCCUGAUAACAAAUAUCUGGCAGUGGGCUCUGCAGAAAACACGGUUGAUUUUUAUGAUAUCACACAAGGUUCAUCAUUAAACAGAAUUGGUUACUGCAAAGACAUUGCCAGCUUUGUCAUACAGAUGGACUAUUCUGCUGACAGUAAAUAUAUUCAGGUUGCAACUGGUGCUUACAAACGUCAAGUCCAUGAAGUGCCAUCAGGAAAGCAAAUAACAGACCCAGCACUUAUAGAAAAGAUUACCUGGGCCACCUGGACAAGCAUCCUCGGAGAUGAAGUGAUCGGUAUCUGGCCACGAAAUGCGGAUAAAGCAGAUGUAAAUUGUGCCUGCGUGUCCCAUGCUGGUCUCAACAUCGCCACAGGAGAUGACUUCGGCCUUGUUAAACUUUUUGACUUUCCUUGCACUGAAAAGUUUGCCAAACAUAAGCGGUACUUUGGUCAUUCAGCACAUGUGACUAACGUACGCUUCUCGCAUGAUGACAAGUAUGUCAUAAGCACUGGAGGGGACGACUGCAGGCUGCUAGAGCGGUCCACGCAGCCUCUCCUCUCCCCCGGGCAGCAGCAGUCUAAAGCCUACUGA